AUGAACGUGCUGCUCAUCCUACUGUUAGGACUCCGUGCUCCUCACAGUGAGAAGGCUCCUGAAGAGGAAUUCUACUUGUAUAUUUCUUCAGGAGAUGGGCGGGACUCAGGAGACUCUUGAUUAGAAGAGGAUGCGAAGCGACGUGAUCAGGAUAUGAAGUCUCAGAUGAGACAGCUCACAUCGAUGACGAUAGAUCUGUUUGAGAUAAGGGAGGUGCGUGUUCGGGUCCGAGGGUAG